UAAAGUAAAGUAACGCUACCUCACUGAUGUGGUAAUACAAGUUGUGUUUGGCUGUGAGUCGCUGUGGCUUCUUGGCACUCGUCUUUAAAUGAUCACACGGAUAGAGCGAGGCUCGUCACGAACAACAACGCAGUGAAAGUUUGCUUUAACCGCUUAAGCGUUUUCGUCUGGAGGAACAUUGUCCAAAUAGGACAUCCCAGAAUGGUUUAAUGCAAAACCGUAAAGAUGAGAUUGCCACGGCGGCUCCUCACACCGCCUCCGGCCGCUGUGCGAGGGGCAUCCUCGGGCCCCGCGGUGAGCGUCGUCCCGGCCUGCAGCGCCGCGGACAGACGCUCCCUGGAGCGGCUGCAGGACUUUGUGUCCCGAGCGAGUCGCCUGUUUGUCCUCAGCGGCGCUGGACUGUCCACCGAGUCCGGGAUCCCCGACUAUCGCUCGGAGGGCGUCGGGCUUUACGCGCGCACCGACAGGCGACCCAUGCAGCACGCAGAGUUCGUGCGCAGCGCAAAGUCCCGUCAGCGCUACUGGGCCCGAAACUUUGUCGGGUGGCCGCAGUUCUCCUCCCGCCGGCCGAACUCCGCCCACGAGGCCCUGCGGCAGUGGGAGCAGAGCGGCAAGCUGCACUGGCUGGUGACGCAGAACGUGGAUGCUCUUCAUUCAAAGGCGGGACACCAAAGGCUGACGGAGCUCCACGGCUGUGCCCACAGGGUGCUGUGUCUUGGCUGUGGGGACAUCUCGGCAAGGACGGCGCUGCAGACGCGAUUUGUAGCGCUAAACCCGGACUGGAGAGCUCAGACGGGCGAGGUGGCGCCGGAUGGCGAUGUCUUCAUAGAGGACGAGCAGGUCCUCAAUUUCAGGGUUCCCUCGUGCGAGAACUGUGGAGGGGUACUGAAGCCCGAGGUCACGUUUUUCGGAGACACCGUGAACAAAGGGACGGUUCAGUUGGUGCACGACCGCCUGGGGGAGUCGGACGCGGUGCUGGUGGUGGGGUCGUCGUUGCAGGUUUAUUCAGGAUACAGGUUCUUACUGGCGGCUGGGGAUCGCAAAAUGUCAGUGGCCAUCGUGAACAUUGGGUCGACGAGGGCCGACCACCUGGCUGAGCUGAAAGUGAGCGGACGCUGUGGCGAAGUGCUGUCAGUCAUCCGACCUGUCUGACCGCCAUGGGCAUGCUGUUGAUUAUCAACAUUAAGUCGGUCAAAACUACCUCAGAUUCAAACUGGUGAGCGAGCUAAUCAACCUCCGGGUGAAUGUCUGGACCGGGCAAUUUUUUCAAGCAACAUAAAAGUAGCCAGAAAUACUCUCUGCCGAAAAAAAUGGAUCAUCUUCUUGGUCCAACACACAGCCACACAUGUGCUCAAUGACUAAUGCAUUGAACCCUGGCGCUUUGGGCAUCAUAGAAUAUGUGCAUCAUGCAGCACGCGUGGUCCGCUGUGUGAAGGCCCACAGUUGAAAGCUUAAGGCUGCGAAAUGACAUUGAGGACGAAGCCCAGCAGUUUGUCUUCUCGGGCUUUUGUGUACAAAUGCUGCAGUUAAAUAAAGGAGCUAAAGGCAACAAUGUACUGUAUGUAAAUAUUGGUUAUGCAGUGUUUGUAAAACUAAACUUUAAGAAGGUUCUGUAAGUGCAAAAAAGCUAAAAAUCUUGCUGCCGGUAAGACAGGGAGGUUAAUUUGACGGUUUUAGAAAUAAAUGAACAUAAUUUAAAAUACACUAA